ACUCAGCACCUGCCCCUCGGGCCCUUCCUGGUCUUAUUCUAGCGCCGCCAGCAGGCUCUGAGGUGGGAGGAGAGAGCCGAGAGGCUGCAGUGCCUUCAGCUGCAGUAGAGCCGCCCAGAGGAGGGAGAGAGAACCAGCUGCGAGGGCCCUUUAAAUGGCCAGGCCCCACCCCCGAGAGCCUGCCCUGCCGGGAAGUGAUCCCUAAGGCCUAAGGCCGGGCCUGGGAGUUUCCCCAUCUGAGGGGUCUGGGCCAGGCGGCACAAUUCCGGGUAUACUUCAUACCGGUCCCAAAGCCCCAAACCAGUAGUGAGACCUUGUGUCCCUCAAGGCUCUCCUAGCCCCAUCCUGCCUUCUUAGGGCCUUGCUUCCACCGAGGCAGGAGUCACCAUGGCAACUGAAGAGUCCAUCAUUCGCAUCCCCCCAUACCACUACAUCCAUGUGCUGGACCAGAACAGCAACGUGUCCCGCGUGGAGGUCGGGCCAAAGACUUACAUCCGGCAGGACAAUGAGAGGGUCCUGUUUGCUCCAGUGCGCAUGGUGACAAUCCCCCCACGCCACUACUGCACAGUGGCCAACCCAGUGGCCCGGGAUCCCCAGGGCUUGGUGCUAUUCGACGUCACAGGGCAAGUACGGCUCCGCCAUGCUGACCUAGAGAUCCGGCUGGCCCAGGACCCCUUCCCCCUGUACCCAGGGGAGGUGCUGGAAAAGGACAUCACCCCACUGACGGUGGUUAUGCCCAACACUGCCCUCCAUCUUAAGGCGUUGCUGGAUUUUGAGGAUAAGAAUGGAGAGAAGGUGGUGGCAGGGGAUGAGUGGCUAUUUGAAGGACCUGGCACAUAUAUCCCCCGGAAGGAGGUGGAGGUCUUAGAGAUCAUCCAGGCCACAGUCAUCAGGCAGAACCAGGCCCUGCGGCUGAGGGCCCGCAAGGAAUGCUGGGACCGGGACGGCAAGGAAAGGGUGACAGGAGAAGAAUGGCUGGUGCGCUCCGUGGGGGCGUAUCUCCCGGGAGUGUUUGAGGAGGUUCUGGACUUGGUGGACGCCGUGAUCCUCACAGAAAAGACGGCCCUUCACCUGCGGGCUCUGCAGAACUUCCGAGACUUUAGAGGGGUGACCCGCCGCACCGGGGAGGAGUGGCUGGUGACCGUGCAGGACACAGAGGCCCAUGUGCCAGAUGUCUAUGAGGAGAUGCUGGGGGUCGUGCCCAUCACCACCUUGGGCCCCCACAACUACUGUGUGAUUCUUGACCCAGUCGGACCGGACGGCAAGAACCAGCUGGGGCAGAAGCGUGUGGUCAAGGGCGAGAAGUCUUUUUUCCUCCAGCCUGGAGAGAGACUGGAGCGGGGCAUCCAGGAUGUGUAUGUGCUGUCAGAGCAGCAGGGGCUACUUCUGAGGGCCCUGCAGCCCCUGGAGGAGGGAGAAGAGGAGGAUAAGGUCUCCCACCAGGCUGGGGACCACUGGCUCAUCCGCGGACCCCUGGAGUACGUGCCCUCUGCCAAGGUACAGGUGGUGGAAGAGCGUCAGGCCAUCCCCCUGGACGAGAACGAGGGCAUCUACGUGCAGGACGUCAAGACCGGAAGGGUACGAGCUGUGAUUGGAAGCACCUAUAUGCUGACCCAGGAUGAAGUCCUGUGGGAGAAAGAGCUGCCUCCUGGGGUGGAGGAGCUCCUGAGCAAGGGGCAGGAUCCGCUGGCGGACAGGGGUAUGAAGGAGACGCCCAAGACCCCUCAGCCCUCUCCUCCCCGGAACAAGACCCGCGUGGUUAGCUACCGGGUCCCUCACAACGCGGCCGUGCAGGUGUAUGACUACAGAGAGAAGAGAGCUCGGGUGGUCUUUGGGCCCGAGCUGGUGUCGCUGGGUCCUGAGGAGCAGUUCACCGUGUUGUCCCUCUCCGCCGGGAGGCCCAAGCGUCCCCACGCCCGCCGUGCGCUCUGCCUGCUGCUCGGGCCUGACUUCUUCACCGAUGUCAUCACCAUCGAAACAGCAGACCAUGCCAGGCUGCAGCUGCAGCUGGCCUACAACUGGCACUUUGAGCUGAAUGACCGGAAGGACCCACAUGAGACAGCCAAGCUCUUCUCAGUGCCCGACUUCGUGGGCGAUGCCUGCAAGGCCAUCGCGUCCCGGGUGCGGGGGGCCGUGGCCUCCGUCACCUUCGAUGACUUCCAUAAGAAUUCUGCCCGCAUCAUUCGCGCUGCUGUCUUUGGCUUCGAGACCUUAGAAGCCAAGGGGCUCGACGGCAGGGCCCUGCCCCAGCCCCGGGACCGGGCCGUGUUCCCCCAAAACGGACUGGUGGUCAGCAGCGUGGAUGUGCAGUCGGUGGAGCCCGUGGACCAGAGGACCCGGGAUGCCCUCCAGCGCAGCGUCCAGCUGGCCAUUGAGAUCACCACCAACUCCCAGGAGGCAGCUGCGAAGCACGAGGCUCAGAGACUUGAGCAAGAAGCCCGCGGCCGGCUGGAUAGGCAGAAGAUCUUGGACCAAUCUGAAGCGGAGAAGGCUCGCAGGCAGCUCUUGGAGCUGGAGGCUCUGAGCACUGCCGUGGAGAGCACUGGGACCGCCAAGGCCGAGGCCGAGUCCCGCGCCGAGGCCCUGCGCAUCGAGGGAGAAGGCUCCGUGCUGCAGGCCAAGCUGAAAUCAGAUAAGUGUGUGUCCCUCUUGCUCCUCCAGGUGAAACUGCUCCAGAGCCUGGGUCUGAAGUCAACCCUCAUCACCGACGGCUCCACGCCCAUCAACCUCUUCAGCACAGCCUUGGGGCUCCUGGGGCUGGGCUCGGAGUCCCAGCUCUCACCCAAAAAGGCAGCCCACGUGCCCAAACCCCAAGAGGGCUUGCAUUUCCCGUCCCCUGCUGACCUUGAAACUCUUGGAGGCAACCAUGUUGUCCCGUAGCUCUGUACUGUACUGACAAAUAAAAUGUUCCUGGGCAUUUAAA